ACACAGACUGCUAGCCUUAUUUUCAUACCUAGUGACUAGUGAAUUGUUUGCUGUGAUUUUUAUUAUGCUUAUAUAUUGUUUGGAAAUCUUUGACAUGGAAUAAUAGUAGGCCUAUAAGGUAAUAAAAAAUGUUUAAUUAUUUUUUUAGUAUCAUAUAAUUUUAGAAGAAAGGCUACCGGAUGGCUUGAUAGCAAAAUUUAAGGACUUUAUUUUUAGAAGAAAUGCUACCAGACGAAAUAUUUUCAAAUAUCAUGUCAUAGAAUAAUAAAGUGAUACCUUUUUGGCAGUGGCGUAGCGAGGGUGUUUGGUGCCCGGGGACAAAAUUCGCGCCCGGGGACAAGAUCCAUUUUUAGCGCCCCUUUUUCUUUUUUUUCAACUCUCAAACUCAUUAUUUUCAUCAAUAAAAUAAUAUCAAAGCACAUAUUGGCGCCCCUAACUAGCUGGCGCCCGGGGACAUCUUCCCCCUGCCCCCACCACGCUACGCCUCUGCUUGUUGGGGAUUUUAUUAAAAGUAAAAUGUAGUUAUCAUUCUAAAGUUGUUUCUUAACAGUGUACUAUUUUUACAGGGAAUUGAGCUUGCUUGUGUCACGUGCUUGUGUGUCACGUGCUUGCUGUGUCAACGGUCUUUUCGCGGCAACAAAACAUAGGCUACUUUAAAAAUGACUGGACUGAAAUUUGUAGCCGUGUUUUUUCUUUGCUGCACAUGGAGUUGUGGAGCUGAGCAACAUGUACACACAGGUAAUUAAUAUUCAUUAUCAUAUAAUAGCAACUUAAAUUUAAAACAAAAAUGAAAGGUUAAUUUAGAGAGCUGUCGCCACAUGGCCGCCAUCUUGAUUGACACGACCAGUUGAUUCUGUCACUAAACCAACAAACCUAAACUAAAUGUAUUCCCUUAAACAUGAACCCUAAAUGUAUCCCUCAACCUAACCUGAAUCCUAAUUCAUAGUAAUUCACUGCAACUAUAAUGAACACGCAAAUGACUGUAGAGGUAAUGGUGACAUUCUCCAAAUUAGCCAUAUUUUUGUUUUAAAUUUUCACCAUGGAAAAGGUCAAUGUCCAUACUAUAACCAUAGGCCAUAGAUAGGGGCCGUCCAUAAAGUACGUCACGCUAUUUUUGACGAUUUUUACCCCCCCUCCCCCAUGUCACAAACUGUUUUUACCCCCCCCCCCCCCUACCAAAAACCGUCCAAAAUUCCUGAAACCCCCCCCCCCCCCCAGUACGUCACACUUUGGAACAAAAUUUUGUUAAAUUAACACCUAAUUAAAAUUUAAUCUAAAACACACUUCACUAUUAAACUGUAUUAAAAUAUAAAAUUUCCACUUAAAAGAACUAUCAAUUAUUAAAAUGACUUUGAUAUUAGUAUUAGAAUAGUUGUCAACUGUUGUCACAGUCAUUCAUUGAAGCAGGAACUCAAUUUAGAUUGAAUUUGAAAACAAAAAUUAGACUAGACAUAUAAUACACUUACACAUCAUCUAUCUGCUGCUUUUUCAUUUACAAUAGGUGAGGUCAAGUUUUAGAUAAUCUUCCGAUUAUGCAAUCUUUUUAAACAGGAUUAGAAGUAGAUUAGUGAAACUUGACCUCACGCAGUGAUUAAAUAAUAAAAAGGACAGUGACAUAAUUAGGCAGCAGACAACAUAGAAAUAAUAAUACUUCAGGCUUGACGAAAGCAAGGCUAUACAUAAAACAAGGCUUCGCAACAGCAUACUAGCGCUCUUAGGAAUCGUGAACAACACAUUCAGGAGAUACGCAUUUCAUGCUAUUUUGACAUAAAAACUAAUUUGAAUGUUUCACAAAAUAUUUUUAAAGUUAUUGAAUUCUAAUACAAAAAUAAAAAAUAAAUUAGAACUGAAAUUUUUAAAAAUUAAUAUGUGGCGUCACACAUGGCCUGUCCCCCCCCCCCCCCCUGGCCUGUCCCCCCCCCCCCUCCCCUGUCACAAACUGUCACACUUUCUUACACCCCCUCUGGAGCGUGACAUACUUAAUGGAUGGCCCCUUAGGCAUAGGCAUAGGGCAUAAAUCAGAUAAAUCUUACUGUCAUGCCAACUCACACUCCAUACUCUGUCAGUGCCCUAAAUGUAUCCCUCUACCUAACCUGAACCCUAAUUUAUAGUAACUCACUACACCCUAUAAAUAACACGCAAAUGACUAUAGACUAUAGAGGUCAUUGUGACAUCUCUCCAAAUUAGCCAUAUUUUUAAUAAAAAAUUUCAUUAUGGAAAUGGUCCAUAGGCAUAGGGCUCAUAGGGCAUAAAUCUUACUGUCGUCAUGCCAACUCACACUCUACACUGAGUCAGUGUCGAUGUUAUAGACAUUAAUAAUCCCUUUCGGUUUUCUAAUAUUUCAAAAAGAAAUCAAAAGUGUAGGCUAACACUCAAACUGUAGCCUAAAUAAAUUAAGCCCAGCAUGUAAUGUAGUCCCUACACUAAUUAUAUAUAUAAUGGCUGAUUCUUAGUUUUAACCCUGUGACGUCAUUUGGGUGUUUAUUAUAGUUGCAGUGAAUGAGGGUUCAGGUUAGGCAUAGGGAUCGAUUUAGGGUUCAGGUUAGGCAUAGUGGUCGAUUUAGGGAUACAUUAGUGAAAGAAUCAACUGGUUGUGUCAACCAAGAUGGCGGCCAUCGCGGGAUGUUCUCUAAUAAUUUACCAAUUAUAGAUUAAGUAGUAUUUAUUUUAUGUUUGUGUGAAUAUUUUAUAUAUACAAUAUAGGCUGGUUUUGAGUUAGCAGUAAGGCCUGGGAUGUGUUCCACGGUAUAUAGGUCACGGAGGUUCCCUAAGGUCCAUUUCCAUCUACAGCGCUGUCUACAGUGCCAUACUAAAAAGAUUUCGAUGUUUGUAUUUUACAUAAUGUAAGUUAUUAUUUUCAUGGGUGACUGGGUGGCCAAAUGGUCUUAACUGAGCAAACCAAGUUGGUGGUCUGGUGUUCAAGUCCAGCCAAAGGCCAGUCAAGCAAAAACAUCACCCCCGGUGGUUGAGACUCGUUAACCUUGGUCGGCAACUCAUCUAAGAGAAGGAAACUCUGAAUUCAAACCCGGAGUUGGAGUCCUCUAAGGCGCAAACAAUGACAAUUCCUGCAACCAAACCCAUCCCUGGUCGUCUUGACGUAGAGUCUUGCCACUGGAUAUGGUGGGCUCGGACAAGAGAGUGAGGUAGACGCCGCGCAACUCCUCUUCACUUUAAACAAAGUCACCUGCGCAAGUCAUCAGUCACCAGACGACUCGAUGGUCCUCGUCAAUCCUCGACGGACGAACAAUAAAAAUAAAAAUAUUAUUUUCAUAUUAUAUAUUUUUUUGUUAAAUUGGGGAGAGGUCACCCCUCCACCCCUCCCCUCCCCAGAGAAUUUCUGUUUUUCUUAUUUUGGUAUUUAAAGUGAGGGGAGGGGUUUGGACACCUCCCCCCCCUCCCCAGUGGUCUCCCCUCCCCAGUUCCUAGAAGAUCAUUACAAAAGUAAUUUAAUUAAGCAGUUGUCUUACUUUUGUUACCUAAGUUUCAACAUACGGACAUACAGGUAUUUUCAACUAAUCAAAAAACAGCAAUUUUGGCGGGCGUAAUUUUUUUCAUCGGUGUUGGGUCUUGGGGUAUCAGCAAGGAUGUUUCUUUUUUUCCUUUCUUUUGAACGUGUAAGUUGAAUUUUAAUACAAAUUAAUGGAAAAUUUCAUUUCAAUAUACUUCAUAUUAACCAUAUCGUUUUUGAUUGGAGAAUGCUCAAUAAAGAACAGGAAUGUUAUAACACACAUCGUUCGGGUCAUUCAAAGAAUAGAUCUAUUCAUCCCAAGCCUAGUGUUGGGAUUCCCCAAUGUGACGUCACUGCGCUUAGGGUGAGAAAACUUGGCAAAACCCAUACCGUUAACUCAAAAUUUACGUUUAAUAUAUAAUAUAUAUAUAUAUAUUUAUAUAUAUAUUUAUAUAUAUAUAGAUAUAAUAUGAAUGAGAAUCCCAAGUUUGACACAAAAGCGUGUCUUAAAAAUCACCAACUAAAACAAACAACCACCACCACACCCCCUAUCUUCAUAACCCUAAGGCUAAAAGUAAAAAGGGUUCACUGGCUCAAUCAGUCAAUGAUCACAUUAUGAUUGUCUGUUACCCUCAGAAUGCGGCGGCAAUCUGGGCUUUCAAUCAGGAGUUAUAGCCUCACCAAAUUACCCUGAGAUUUACCCACCUGAUUUGAAAUGCUUAUGGUAUAUUCAUGCACCAACUGGAGAAGUUAUAGAUUUAAGGUAAACGUUUAUAAUUGGUUUAUAGUUUUCUUCAGAAGUUUUUGAUUGCGAUUUUUACACGGCACAUUUUAAAUUAAAAAAAAAAAUAUUGCAAUUUUUAGAAAUAAAAACGAUUAUUUGUCAACAUAAUUUUGAAUGUCAAUGUUAGAUCUAAUUUAUUUAAUGAUCUGUAUUUUAGGUUUAGAUUCUUUGACCUGGAAGCAAUGGACAAUGUCAGAAUUUACAAUGGUCAUCAUUUGCUAGAAGAUUUUUGCAUCGGUACAUAUAGUGGCCUAAAGAAUCAGACGGAAAUGUCAAGCCUCUUUGUACGCUCAGCU